GGCAUUCAUCUCGGGACGCUUGGAACGUACAUCAAUCUGACAGCGGACGUUGCUCGGAGCGGUCGUUUGGGCUUACCUUCGGAAAACGCGGUAAUCUGAUUGAAUCAGAAUCCAUUCGGAGCUCCCACGGGUCGUUACGUAAAAGAUACUUUCGGUGCCAGGAUAUUUUGAUUGAUCCUUCGGUUGGAGUUUCGUCGUCGUCGUGCGUCGUGCUGCUUGACUUCCGGUGUCGAUUCAUUAGACUGCUGGUUCCCCUGCAAGGUGCGUGUUUCGAGGCAGGAAUUUGGCCGAGCUGGUCCAUUGCGAUUUCGACGAGGCGUGAGUGUGUCCUGCGGUGAUUGAAGACAGCAGCAGUAAGCGAAGCUGAUUGAAUGCUUUUCCUUUUGCGGUUGAAGUGAAUUUUAGUGCGGUAAUUGAAGCUUUUUUGGAAGGUGCGAGUGAAAAGCCGUUACGGGUCUCUGGAAGUUCUUGUAGCGAACGGGUUACGGCUUCCCGUCUACAUUGAAAAAUACAUUUAGUGUUAGACACAGUUGGAAACGAUUGCGAUGAAGAAUUUAUCAGUGUUCUGUGGAGUUGUUCUUCUGUUGGCCGGUGUGGAUCUCGGAAUCGAAGCCAGAGCGGUUAACAUCAGCAACACCUGGACCCUACCGCAGGACGGGUUCACCGUGUUUUAUCGCUACUUCCGCGAUAAAAUUUCCUGGUUCGAGGCGGAUGCUGUGUGCCAGUUUCACCACGCUAAUCUCGUCACAGUGGAAAAUGGUGUUCAGUUCGAUGCGGCGCGGGCUUUUCUCAAAGAACUGGACGUUACCAAUCCGGUGUGGAUUGGUCUAAUGCGACCGGAAAAUUCAGCGCGCUUUACCUGGACUAACGCAAAAUCUUUGGAUCCAUCCAGUGGAUAUUGGGCGGAAUCGCUGCCGGCAAUGGAGACUCCGCUGUGCGCCGUUGUGGAUCCCGUGCGGGAUUUCCGCUGGCAUGCACUUCGUUGUGGUGGCCCGGAAACUGCUGCCUUCCUCUGCGAGCUUCCAGUUCCCAAUUGGGCCUCAGAUUGUACCAUAACUUCAAUGCCAUCUUUAACGGUGCAGUACAUGUCGGACAGCGGAGCUGUCCAGCUUUCACGAGACUGUGGCGAGCAAGGUACCAAGCAUAUGUCUUGCCAGGGUAAACUCGAUCGAGAUACAAUCAUCCAGCAGCUGCAGUGUAGUGAACAAGAAGAGGACCCAGCUCAGGCGGCUACCGAGGAUAAUCGGCUGCCGCUGGAAAUGGCUGCAUUACCACCACAAUCGACGAUCACGAGAAAGCCACAGCUGCCACAGAUACUUGAGCAUGACAUAUUGACCGUGGUUUCGAACAACGAUGAAGACAAUAACAUCGAUGUUAAUCCGAACCAGAUUGAGGAUACGGUUAAGAAUGUGAUCAAUAAGUUUAAUCUUGCGGAUUUGAUGCAGGGCGAACAAUCGCUCCACAGCGAGGAGACGGAUGUUCGAUUCAGUGAGCAGGACAAGGAUGGUAAGAAAGUUGGAACUAAGAAGUACUCGCCACUUUUCGAGAAAAAGGAUAAGUUCGGAAAGAAGGAUGCCAAAAAGAUGGAUGAAGAGGAAGAAAUGAUGAUGGGCGAUCAGCCAGAUGAAACGGAAACGCAACCGAUCGAUAUCGUGCAGCAAGCGGUAAAACCAACGGAAGGAGAAUCGGACGAGAGUUUGAUUACAAAUGUCUCCAUUGGAUCGACGGAGAGUGCAGUAUCCAGUGAGUUAGCAAUAACUGAAAGUACGACGGCCGACUCGAGACUACGCAGAGCCACCGACGGAGAAACUACAUCGGAAACAUCACUGAGCUCGACAACAGAACUGCAAACAGAACCAACCACGACCACCACAACUACCACCAUGGAGUCGACUACAAGCAGCACUGCUAGUCAUAUUUUACCGACCACGCCCAAAAAAGAAACCGCUUCCAUUGGAGAUCACUUCAUUCCUCCCAUGUUGAUGGUGAAGGCUCGCUUCACUUCGACAAAAUCUCACAUAGACGCUACAACCGCGUCAGAGCACAGCACAGAAACAUCCGAACCGACAAUUCCUUCAAGUACCGUUCCGCCUACGUCAACAACAGAACAGUUAACAACCACCAUUGUUUCGGUCGAUUCUGCCCAAAACAACAGUGAAGUUCAGCUUACAGAAUUGGAUGACAAAACCUCAACAGUAGAAAUUUUACACUCUUCAGAGGCGGAAACAACAACCAACCAUCAAAUUGUGGAAAUCACGUUCGAUGACAAAGAGCUUACUUCCAAAUUUGGUACCCUGAGCAUCACAACCCGUCCAUUCCCGUCGGAUGCGAUAAAGACCUCAACUGAGACUAUUGAAUCAACCACUACUGUUGCCAGUACAACCCAGAAGAACACAACCACCAUUCAUGAGACCUCCCCAUCCGCUGUAAUCCUAUCAACAAGUACCGCAACUUCUGAAAUCAUCCAACGAAGCUCAACGCCAACUCUCACUUCAACAAUAACAACAACAACAGCUCCGACCACGACCACAGUACCAACACCUGCUCCCAUAGAACACGAACUUCUCGAAGAUCAGGAAGACCACGAGCAGGGGGAAGGUGAAGACCAUCAAACCGAAGAAGACGACGAACACCACAACCAGGAGCUGCACAACAGCUUCUCUAACAUCGAAAAUUACCAACCAUACAAACCUAACCGACACCGUUCACUCACCAAACCGGAGGUGCACAACAAUCACGGAAACUACAUCAAAAAAAUUCUCGGUUGAAGGCAGAGUACUGCAGCAGCAGCAGAGUUUUUUCUUGUCAUAUCACCAACUGUCAAACGGGGCGGGCUCACACUGACAAUGACCGUUCCGUCGCCACCUGCUGAAAAUCGAGCUCAUUUGACAGCUAUGGAGCGAUGAUUCACAUUUCCGUUCGUUUCUAGCGUUUCUCGUAGGAAUAUAGGCUUUAGAUAUCAAGUUUUCACUUUUCCCUCCUUAAUCGCCGGAACCAAAUUGAAGUUGCAAUCCGAAAGAAUCGAAACCUAGAGAUGUAGGGGAGUUUUACCAGCUAAAAAUAUCCAUGGAUGGUCAAAUAAAGUUUGGCCUUAAGUAGAGAACCUGUUUAUUCUUGGAUACAAGUCAAUCAAUAGUGCGGUUCCGUUCGCACACACACAACCGAUCGUUUUAUGUAUUCUUUGUCGGGCUAGAAUAGACAGUUCCAAGUAACGCAACUCUCAUAUCAUCCACUUCCUAUCUUUCAACCUUAAUAGCAGACAUUUAGCUGAUAAAAUCCGUUUCGCUGCGUCGUUUCACUGUUUUAACACGCAAACCCACACUUCACUAACAAUGAAUGCUUAGAAGCAUCAAUAACUGCGACGUUUUAGUGUUCCGAAGUAAAUGAGAAAGAGCCCCUUUAAAAUUCUAGCAAGAUAGAAAUGACCCAUUACAAAUAAGAAACACGUUGCCAACAAAUUUGAAACCAUUGAGAAUAACGCGAGUUUUAAUAUAAUGAAACAACAGAGAAGGAGAGGAUUAAUAAAAAUCAAAGGACAAAUUGUAAACAAACUAGAUGAUUAGUUCAUAAUUGAGACAGAUGAAGGAGAACGUGAGGUAAUAUAUCAAAAGCUGACAUACACACGCUAGUUUUGAUGCAACGCAUUCCAAAAUCAAUUAUGGCCACCGUUAGGGGGUCGCGAUUCUAAUGAAGUUGAAACGAAAGCGCAAAUACAAAAGAUAACCUUUCGCACACCGAAUCAGACCGGGGUCCUGGUUUGAUUGUAAGAUUUUACUGUAUGAGAGAAUGAUUUUAAUAAAAAUGAUGAGUAAAUUAA